AUGCCCCCCGACCCGCCGCCCGCCGCCUCGCACGCCCCCUCCCCCUCCACCACCGCCGCCACCGCUCCUCCUCCCGCACCCGCCUCGCACCCGUCGCAGCCGCCGCACACCUGGGCCGAGCAGGCCCUCCCGCCCGCGCCUGACCCGGCCGCGCAGUUCAAGUUUGGGCCGGCCCCCCCGAGGGCGAGGGCGGCGUCGGGUGGAGCGGGAGGAGGAGGAGGCGGGCCGGGCGCAGGUGCCGCAGCGAGUGGGGCUCGCUCGGCCUUCUUCAAGGUGCCGGGGCUCGGUGGUCGGCGCGGGGUGCAGGGGGCCGCGCAGGGCCGCGCGAGGCGCGAGGCGCGCGAGGAGCUCGGGAGCGAGGACGACGACGACGACGCCGACGACGACGCCAUCGUCCUCGCGCAGCGCUCGCCGACCAAGGCGAGCAGCUCGGCCACGUCCCUGCCGACGCCGCCGACGACGACGACGACGCGCGACCACCUCCCGCCCUCGCUCGCCGCCAUGCGCCUCCCCGUCCAGCCCGGCGCGCCGCACAGGUCGAGCGUGUCGGCCACGAUCGAGGCGCCUGACCCGGGGCCCCCUACCACGACCACGACCUCGGCGUCGAGCCGCUUCGGCAGCAGCGGCGGCGGGCCCCAGCAGCACGGCACGUCGUCGGCGUCGACGAGGCCGCCGGCGCGCGCGCACGACCCGCCGCCGCACCUCGCGCUCCAGCGCCCGCCCGUCCCGGCGCCAGCCCCGGCUCCGGCUCCGGCGCCGAGCAAGAAGCGCGCGCACCCGCACCCGCAGCCGCACUCGCCGGCGCCGCGCGCGCAGCAGCAGCCGGCGGCGGCGGCGGCGGGCGCAUCGUCGUCGUCGGGCUCGGGCCGGGCGCUCGUGCUCGCCGGCGCUGGCGGGAGCCGCUCGGCGUCGGCGUCGGCGGCGGCGGGCAAGGCGGGCGAGACGGCGGGCGCGGCGGGCCCGGCCGCCGCCGCCGCCGACGAGGGCCACGAGCUCAAGCGGCGCAGGACGGGCGAGACCAAGUCGCGCACCAAGUCGGCCAUGCUCACCCUCAUCGACCUCGACGACAAGGUCGUCCAGAAGGACGCCGAGCUCGCCGUCGCGCGCGCCGAGCUCGCGAGCCUGCGCGACGGCCUCGCGCGCCGCGACGCCGAGCUCGCCCAGGUCGUCGAGGCCAAGCGCGCGCUCAAGGAGGACUUUGCCGCCCGCAUCAGGGAGGCGCUCGAGAGCGCGGCCGAGGCGCAGAAGGAGCUCGAGGACGUCAAGGACGGCAUGCACGAGUCGUUCGUCGAGCUCAAAGAGUCGCUCGGCUCGGUCGUGUCGGCGGUCGAGAUGCGCGAGGAGCUCAAGGACGUCAAGGAGGCCGUGAGCGCGCACUGCCUCGACGAGAAGAACGAGCUGUGGCUCGAGCGCGUCGAGGAGACCAAGCUCGCCGUCCUCAAGGAGCUCCAGGCCGAGCUGUCGAACCGCGGCGACGUCAUCAAGCUCCUGCGCGACGACCUCGAGGUCAAGGCUGGGUCGCUCGCCGAGGCGCGCUCGCGCGUCCAGCAGCUCGAGACGACGCUCGACGACGCGCAGCGCGCGUCGACCGCGCGCGAGACGGCCGCCACGAAGCGCGAGGCGCACGUGCUCGCGCUCCUCGAGGCGGCGCGGGUCGACCGCGCGCGGCACCGCGACGAGCUCGACAGGCUGCUCGUCGGCGCGGCGGACAAGCAGGAGGCGCUCACGGCCAAGGUUGGCGAGGGGCUCGAGAGGGAGAAGAAGCUGAGGGACGAGUGGAUCAGGGCCAAGGAGGAGGUGGGCCGGCGCGACGAGGAGGUCAAGCGCGUGGCGAAGCGCGUCAACGAGCUCGAGAAGAAGCACGCCGACGACGCUCACGCCCUCGAGCAGCUCAGCGCCGACCUCUCGACCGCCCGCGACGAGCUCAACGCCGAGAUCCAGCAGUCGGCCGACCGGCUCAAGAAGGCGCACGACGACGUCGAGCGCGAGAGGGCCGAGCACGUCAAGCGCGUCGACGAGGUCAAGGCGCCGCUCAACGCCGAGCUCGUCAAGACGCAGUCUGCGCUCGCCGAGGCCGUCAGCGCUCGCGAGAAGGUCGAGCGCAAGCUUCGCGAGCAGGUCGAGGAGGUGUCGUCCGUCAAGUCGCAGGCCGAGCAUCUCGAGCGCGAGAAGGAGGUCGCCGUCGCCAGCAAGCGCGAGGCCGAGGACUCGCUGCGCGCCCUGUCCGACAGCCACGACCGCCUCGAGUCGGACCACGCCGCCUCGCUCGAGCUCGUCGACCAGCUCGAGCACGAGGUCGCCGCCCUGCGCGAGAGCGAGGCGCAGGCCGAGGCGAGCUUUGCCGCGCGCGAGAAGGAGCUCGUCGAGGGCGCGGCCAAGGAGAAGCAGCAGGCGGCGGCGGCGGCGCUGCAGCAGGGGAGGGAGCUCAGCCAGACCGAGCUGAUCAACAAGGGCAACGAGCUCAAGCGCACGCACAACAAGCUCGAGGAGCUCACCAAGAAGCACAACCGCGCCCUGACGAGCUCGCCGUCGCCAAGUCGAGGCCCGUCCUGAACGCGCACAUCGCCUCGUCGUCGACGAAUGGCGACCCCUCUCCUCCCGGCGCCAACACGACGACCGCCGAGAACGGCGCCCGCAUCACGACCGCCGCGACGUCGUCGCCCCUCUCUGCGCUCGGCUCGGACGGCUCGCCGGGCGCGACGUCGACCAAGCCCAAGAAGAAGCCCAAGGCGGUCACCUUCGUCACCCCUGCCGCUCGCUCCGCCCCGACCGUCCCCGUCAAGCCCAAGCGCCGCACGUCGGGCACCACCACCACCGCAGCCAGCGCCGUGCCCGCCAAGCCGCACAAGUCGCUCGUCACCGCCGCCGCCACGUCGACCAAGCGCUCGCGCGCGCCGCCCCUGUUCGACGACCACGCCGACCCGGACGAGACGCUCGUGCACGACGUCGACGAGGCCGAGACGAUGGACCAGGACGACGAGGCGGCGGCGGGCGAGGAGAGUCUCGAGACGAUGCUCGUGCAGGACGACGGCGAGGGCGGUGGGCGGAGCGGUGCUGAGGAGGACGACGACGACAUCGUCGACUUCAACACGCCCAUGGCCGCCCGCCGGCCAGAAGCCCAAGCUGCGCCAGACCCCUGCCCCUUCGACCGCCUCCCCAACGAGCUCCUCGCCAAAAUCCUCCACCACCUCGACGCCGCCGUCACGCAGACCGAGCCGCGGCAGCGACGGCAGCGCCGAGUGACCUUCCUGAACGUCGCACUCUUGUCGAGGCGCUUCAAGGCGCUCGCCGCCAACUUCCAGUAUCGCUACCUCGCGGUGUCGGCGAGCAGCGAGCUGGCCACCCUGCAGCGCGUCGGCAGGGACGGCCUGUCUGUCCCGGCGCGGGCGUGCCGCGUGUUUCGACUGAGCGAUGGGGACGAGCGUCAAGGCCGCUGUGUGCUGCGUGUGGAUCACUGGGCGAGCCGGCUGCCGGCGGUCGAGGAGAUGUCGCUUUGGGGCAUCUCGUACGGAUGCUUGUCGCAGGCUGCGGCGUUCACCAACCUGCGUCGCCUCGAGCUGCACCGGUGCACCUUCGGCUCGUGGUCGACAAUCUCGACAGCGUCCUUCUCUCGCCUCUCCACCCUCGAGCUGCACAAUGUCACCUUCCGCUACGCCCUCUCGAUCGAUGGGACCACGAUGUGCACGACGUUCCCGAGCCUCCGGCAGGUCGCCGUCCAGUCGUGCGAGCUUCAAGACCUUCGCCGCCGGCCUCUCCUGCCCGUCGCGUUCGUCGCCCAGCUCGACGCACUCGGCGUCGACCUGGGGGAGAUUCAUCUUCCGACAAGCGGCAUCCUGCCCCUCGACGACCUCGACACCCGCCACGCCGUUCUUUGGCGCUGCGACGUCGCCAUCUCGGACUCGACGACCGUCUUGGACCUGUGCGUCACGCGCAACGUCGUCCACGUCUUCAUCAAGCUCGACUCGGGUGCCGAGACCAACCUCGAGUCGCAAUCAACCCGCGGCCACGACCGGUUUCGCCUCUUCAUCCAGCUCUACAACCUCGUCGACCACCUGCCGCAUUUGCGCCUCCUCCUCGUGCCGCCCUCCCUGUGGAACCACGUCGAGCGUCUCCAUCCGUACAUCAUGCAGUGCCUGGGCAACUUCAAGAACGUGUGCCAGCGUCGCGGUAUCGCCGUCAGGACGUACGACGCCGCGCGCCCGCUCGACGGGCUCGUCGUGCCCGAGUUUUCGAGUGGCGGCGCGAGCAGGCGCAGGCGGCGAGCGAGCCAGCGCAGAGCUCUGCAUCAGCUCUACCGACCGUCAACGCCGGUCAUGGGCCCGUCCUCGCAGCCGUCGGCGCUGUCGCCUCCCCCUGCCGCCGACCCGGCCCCGACCUCGUCGUCACUCGUCUCAAUAGGCCCGCUAGGCAGCAGCGGCGAGCCCGAGAGCGCAAAGCACAUCCUCGAGCCGUGCCACAUCGACCGCCUCCCGACCGAGGUCCUCGUCAGCAUCCUGUCGCACCUCCCACCGCCGACCAUCCGUCUCACCAACCCGCCUCGCGUCGACAACGCCCCCCUCACCAUCAGCCUCGUCUCGAGGCGGUUCCACGCUGUCGGCCGCGACUACCUGUGGCGAGGGUGCGCCGUCGUCGCCGAGGUCACCUCAACGAGCCACGCUCGCGCCGCCGCCGUGCUCCGCAACGUGCCGUGCCUCACGCACGACUGCCGCGAGCUCGAGCUGUUGCUCGAUACCGACCACGACGCCGACUGGACCGGUUCGUGGGCGACAUUGUUUCCCAGCAUCCAGCGCUUGACCCUGGAAGACGUUCCCCGGUUCGACCUCGCCGAGGCGGCCCAGUUUCGAGGAUUGCGCCACCUGUCGAUCAGCAACGUCAUGGUCGUUCUCAAGACCGACAUCGUCUUUCCUCGGCUCGAGUCGUUGCAUCUCGACAUGGACCUCCUGAACGAGGUCGUCUUCCCGAUCGACUUUCUCGCCCAGCUCGACUACGUCGAGGUCGCCGGAUACGGCGAUGAUACCGCCUACUACGCCCGGCUCUUGCCUGUCGAGCAGCUCGUGUGCCGGACGCCAAUCCUGUGGCGCCUCGACCUGAUUGUGGACCGUGCGCGCGGCGCGGGCUUUCUCGCAUUGGCGAGGUCGUCCUUCCUGCACGCCCACUUUCUCAUCCUCGACCCGAUCCGCACGUACUUCGACAAGACGGACAAGCUGGCCUGGACCGAGCGAGUGCUCGUCGAGAUGCGCAUUGUCCUCGCGCCGCCCUCGCACCCGCACCUGCGCCUCGUCCUCGUCCCCGCCUACCUGUGGCACCCGUCGCCGCACAACACGACGGCCGCCAACGAGGCGGCGAGGCGCGCCGUCGAGGACGUCUGCGCACGGCGCGGCGUCGUGCUGAGGACGUACGCGGCGCGGCGGACCGAAAACGCCGGCGCCGUGCCCGAGUUUUUGGCGUUCCUGCGCGAGGAGGCGGCGAGGGGCGAGGAGCGGUCGUAGAGGCGGACGAGGGGCUCGGUGGGAGGGUCAUGAGCGAGGUGGAAUGCAGCUUGUGCGGCAGUC